GGGGCCUCCAGGGUCCCAAGACCGUGCGGUGACGGACCGUGCGGUGAGGGUUGCGGGAUUUCGAGGCCGCCGUACGGUCUGCCACCGCACCGUGUCGGGGCUCCAAAAUGGAACCCUCGUCCUGACGUUGGAGGUCUCACGACGUUGCGUGUGCCUGCCAGCUGUUCGGGAGGGUCAGCCGUCCGCGCGCCUGGCUCGCGGCAGCGCGCGCCACGGCGUCGGGGUCUCCGGCCUGCUCGCCCCCGCGGGAGGCCAGCGCGGCGUGCGGGGGCGCGACGAAGACGCAGGACGCCCUCGAGCCGCGCCAUUCGCCGCCCGUCAUGCGCGUCGCCUGCUCGCUGCAGUUCCUCGGCGUCCGCUGCAGUGCCUCCUGCACGUCUUCCGAAGAGGUUGAGUGGGCGAACGAGAAGGCCGCCGAGGAGCCGUGCAGCCUCCCCCUGCAGGCGCCGGAGCGCCAGAGCCGGGCCGCCGCCCGCAGCCGGAAGGCCUCGCGGGCGGCGCGGGCGGCGGCUGCGCCCUGCGGCUGGUGCGGCUGCGCGAAGGGGUGCCGCUGCCUGGAGGCCAUCUACCCCGGCUACCAGCCGAGCGCGGCACCCGCUGCGCACCGCCGCGCGUCGUGCGCCUCGGAGAGCAGCGCGGACGGG